GGCACCGCCUGACUGUUGUGCGUUACAUGUGGACUGUGGAGCUCAAGUUUAUGUUGAGGACAGACGACUGUAAGCUCGGGUUUGGUAACAUUUAAACGUGUUGUAACUUUACUCUGAGGAUGUUGAGGCUUGGCUGCCUCAGAGGACUGGACUGGCAUGGGACAUCAUGGAGCGUUCUAUGUUCAACAACAAAAAAACCCAAAAACCUUUCACACCACAUCCAAAAAGCCACAUUCCCUUCAUGCAGAUCUCUUAAAAAGAGAGACCCUCCACCACACCGCAGUAUACCAUGUUUGCUUGGAGAACAAAGAGCUUUUUACUCUCAAGACUCCUCUAAAACCCCCAAUCCAGGCUCUUCUGCAAAGAUCAAAUUGCGUACGCGCUUGGUGGUAACGCUGCUUUUCGGAGCCGGUAUUAUCGGUACCUGGUGGUACGUUUACCAGGAGAAACAAAAGAAGAUGCAGAUGCAAAGACUGGAGCAGUUGAGAAAAGUGGCUGUUGGACAGGGAGACUUUAGUCUGUUGGAUCACACAGGACAGCGAAGGACCAAACGUGACUUCCUGGGCCGCUGGGUGCUCUUAUAUUUCGGCUUCACCCACUGCCCGGAUAUCUGCCCAGACGAGCUGGAUAAAAUCACCAGCGUAGUGCAUAUUCUUGAUAAAGACCCCAGCCUGCCCACUGUCCAGCCGCUCUUCAUCACCGUUGACCCUGAGAGAGAUGACGUGGCUGCUAUGGCUAAGUAUGUGAAAGACUUUCACCCCCGGCUGAUUGGAUUGACGGGUACUGGGGAGGAAGUGAAGCAGGCAGGACGCGAUUAUAGGGUCUACGCCAGCGCUGGGCCUAAAGAUGAGGAUGGAGAUUAUAUUGUGGACCACACCAUUAUCGUCUACCUGGUUAAUCCAGACGGGCUCUUCCUGGACUACUACAAUAGAAUGAAAAAUGAUGUACAGAUUGCUGAGAGUAUACGUAAUCACAUGAAAAACUAUGUUAAAUUAUUUUCAGAUUAAUCCAACCUGGGGGGAAUAUGUUUGCUCAAUAAAACUGUGCUGAUCAGCUA